AUGUCAGCCUCCGCAGCAGCAACCUCCGAGCUUCAUUCAUCUCUGCACAGUCUCUCCAUCGGCCAGAGCCCCGUAAAGGACAUACCCCGCCCCACCGUGCAAACAACAAACAUGUCGUCCAACCGCCUGGGCAGCAAUGCCGCCGCGCCCAAGAAAAAGAAGGCCGCUCCCGUCGCCGACUCUUGGGAAGACGAAGCCGACGAUUCAUCUUCUUCGUCUCCGGACCUCGCUUCCCCAGAUCAAGAUGCAGAUUCAACCCUCCUCUCCCCCUCCGUCACGGCCGAGGGCCCGCUAGAUCCCCCACCUACCCCCAUCUCUCCGCAGACGUCGCAGCCGUGGGUUACGACCCCGGCGUACACGAGCACGGGGCCGUCGUCGUCUGCGUCUUCGGGCGCCCGAUCACCAAACAGGAGGCCCGAGAAGCAGACGGCUGUCGCGGGACGGAUGAUUGCGGGGGCAUUGGGCAUGCGGGCGCCGAAGAGGACGGAGGAACAGCGCGCGUAUGACCGCACCGUGAAGGAGCAGGAGAUCCGGCGGCGGAAUCGCGAACGCGAGGAGGCGGCUAAGGCGAAGGAGGAUGAGGAGCGGGCCAAGGCGGCUGUUUGGGAUAUGUGA